UACAGUAGGCAGGCAGUGUAUUCACCGUGCCGAACUGGUUGAAGGAAUAGCUUAUAACAGAGAGAAAGAGAAGACUGCUGUAAAUGUGAUCAUUUGGAGUCUUUAUCUCUUGCAGGAUGCAGCCAGCUUCUGCUUCUACAACUGCAUUUGAUGCCAUAGGUCAUUUUGUUAAACGGAAGAGGACUGCUUUGUGGUUCACCAUCUCCCUGCUUGUGGUAUCUCUUUUUAUAUUGACUAUUGGAUUGGCUGCGACCACAAGAACAGAAAAUAUAACUGUCGGAGGUUAUUAUCCAGGAAUAAUUCUUGGCUUUGGGUCUUUCUUAGGUAUUAUUGGAAUUCACCUUGUGGAAAACAGAAAACAAAUGCUAGUUGCCUCUAUUGUGUUCAUCAGUUUUGGAGUGGUAGCAGCAUUUUGUUCUGCUAUAGUUGAUGGAGUUUUUGCAGCUCGACAUAUUGAACCAAGACCUUUGUAUACAGGAAGAUGUAAAUUCUAUGCAAGUGGAUCUGGGCUUGCUUAUGAAAUGCAGCAGACAGAAGUAACAUGCUCUACUGGAAGUAGCCGAUGUAAUCUAAGAAUUCGGACCCACACAUGCUAUUGCUGUGACCUCUAUAAUUGUGACAAUUCAGAUGAGGCCACCAGUUAUUAUGAAUUUGUAGGGGUGAACAGCUGCCAGGAUGUUGUUCAUUUAUACCGGCUGCUUUGGACAUGCACCAUCCUUAAUAUUGUGGGCCUGUUUCUUGGCAUAGUCACUGCUGCUGUUAUUGGAGCAUUUAAAGAAAUGGCACCUGUUUCACAACACAACUUUAAUUCCCCUCCACCACAGAUUCUAUAUAACCCAGCUCAACAGAUACUAACCUACACUGGGUUUUGUUCUCCUACAUCCUCCCUCCCUUCCUAUGCAUCAUACCCACUACCGCUGCAGCCAUCAGGAUCCUAUCCAGCAACUUCCUCUGCAGAUAUUUCCUUAUCAGACGAUAACCAAAAUGCAUCUCACUCCAAUUCGAUGACUGGACUUUCUUCUAAUCCACUUGCACAAUAUGCAUCCACAAUCAUGUUACCAGGAGAGAAACCGCCACCCUAUGCUCCUUGAUGCAUGGACCUUCAGCACAUUCACUGGCAGGAAAACAAGAUUUAAAAGGGCUUUCUGCAGAAGUAAUGAAACCACUGACAUUCCUUCCAACUAAAUAUUUACCUUCCUAACUUGAAAAAGUAUUCACACCAGUUGUGAGAUUAGUGACUAAAUAGUCUAGACGAGACAGAGCUUUACAUCAAUAUAUUUUACUAUGUGUUACUUGCUAGAGUGUUAAAGGAAAAAAAUAUAUCUUUGUACCGUGUCCAUGUCUGAUGAAGAGAUCUAGGUAGUCUCGAAAGCUUGUAAUUUAUCGUCUUUUUAGUAAGGCAUUAAAAAGGUAACUACUGAACUCAAGUUUUUCUAAUUUGCUGGAGUGUGUCUUUUUGACUGUUGUUGUACUGAGAUGAUACACACUGCAGUAGUUAUACAUAUGGAUUUAAUCUGAAUAAAAUUUACUGCUGAAAUUGUACAAUGCUUGAAAUAAGUGUUUUAUUCCUCUUAAUAGAUUUCUCUGCUCCUAUGUCACUCUUGUGAAAAGAUGACCAA